GGCGUCUGCAUCGCGUGGGGUCUGAGGGCACGGAACCAACCAGAAGGAGGAGGAGGAGAGAUGGCGACGAUCGAUCGUGCGAACGACCCGAUGAUGGCGGAGGCCAAGCGGUUCAUGGAGGACUACUACAGGACGUUCGACGCGAACCGGGCGGACUUGGUGAAAGCGUACCGGGACGAGUCGGUGGUGAACUUCAGCGGCCGGAUGAUCGAGGGCAAGGAGGCCAUCGUCGCCAAGCUCACCUCCCUUCAGCAGUGCCAGCACCAAAUCGGCCACAUCGACUGCUAUCCCUUGAGGCAAACCGGCGGCGUGAUCGUCAUCGUCUCCGGCUACAUGUGGCUUGACGGCAAGCCGGACGACCUCCUUUUCAACCAGACGUUCCAUUUGAUGCCAGCACCAGCGGAAGAAGGAGGAAGCUUUUACGUGGCGCAACAAAUUUGGUCGGCCUAUGAUUUCAACAAUCAUCGGGCCGCCUUGGCUUGAUCGCGAGGAAUGUCCAAAGACGAAAGAAGAAGGCGGCCGGGGGCUUUACUUUUCGGAGGCGGCCGGGGGAGUUGAGUUUCAGCCUUAUGUGUUUUUUUUUUUUCGGUGUUCUAGGUCUACUGCGGUAGUGUCUGGUAAAUAAGAUUGUUUUUACUUAGACCAUAGUUGUUGAUCUUGUGGUGUGAGUGUUCAUGGUAUCAUCAACUGAUUUUAGCCCACCAUCUAGCUAGGUCGUUCCUAAAAUUGUAGGCCAGUACCUCCUUCCACGGCCUUACAUUUAUCCUCUCUCUGCGGAUUCACUUGGGAUUGCGCUCUGCUUUGCUGUUUUUAAAUCCUGGAGAGUUGGAUUUGAUUCGCUUGAAUUUGUCUCAAUCUAUCGUACUGGAGAAGAACGAUUAGGGUCAUAUUCUAUCCUUUCUGCAGUGCAUGUUCAGAUUGAGUCUGCCUUUGUCAGAUUGCUAUUUCUUGUUCACCGCUUUAUAUCUUGAUAUGAUAGGCUCGCUGUUUUACUUAAACCAUUGUUGUUGAUCUUGUGGUGUGAGUGUUCAUGGUAUCAUCAACUGAUUUUAGCCCGCCAUCUAGCUAGGUCGUUCCUAAAAUUGUAGGCCAGUACCUCCUUCCACGGCCUUACAUUUAUCCUCUCUCUCCGGAUUCACUUGGAUUGCGCUCUGCUUUGCUGUUUUUAAAUCCUAGAGAGCUGGAUUUGAUUCGCUUGAAUUUGCCGCCUGCCGGCCAGCCUCGCGACCUCAACUUGGGGGUCCUCUUCUUUGCAUUAAAUCGCAUCAUAUUUCAUAUCUCCUAAUGACAAUGAUAUCAAGUGAUACAUAAUUUA